AUGACCUCUGAGACGACCGGAAACAGGUAUUCACUGCCCCCCAACAAUGGCUCCGCCAACUAUUGGCUAGCUAGAGGGUUAUCGUUUCAGAAUGAGGCUGCUGCCCAAAUUAGAGCUUGUCUACAGAGUCAUGGUUUUGACAUGCAGGAAAUGUAUCAGGCGCUUUUGAUGAGCCUACUAAGCAUGGUGACCAUUAGUGUUACCAGUGGGAAGCUGAGCAGCGCGCAUACCUACUUGCAAGGCGCCGGAAAACUUAUCCAGAGAUACCAAUUGGCAAGGUCCAGCCUUCCCUCCUGGAAAAGCAGAAGUCUUACGGCCCUGCAUCAGAUUUAUUUAUAUCUGCAGACCAUUCAUAGCAGCACUCAUAUUUCCUGGGCAUCCUGUUCCGGCAAGAAUAUAGACACGGAGUCAUCAUCUAACUCCGGAUUUAUUAAGGAAGUCCAUGGACUAGCAGCUUGCGGAUCUCAACCUUCCGUGACCCCACAGACCAAUUUUGACUCUCUUUUAGAUUAUGGAGGCGACCGCCAACUGCUUACGAACAUAUAUGGCGUCCCAUACUCGCUCCUGAAGCUAAUCGGACGUGCAUCGGAACUGGCAAAGGAAGUUGAGGAACACGGCGAGACUGUGCAUGAUACUACAGGCUUCCGUCUCCGAUGCGAGAAGCUCGAGGAUGACAUUUGCACUUACCAGUCAUCGCCAUCAAAUGGAGAGAACCUUACUUCCAACUUCCGCCCAGACGAUACAUGCAUGCAAAUCUCUUCUCACCUGGCACACGCAAUGCAUGACGCUCUGAUCGUAAUGUUCUUCCGGCGCGUGCGCAAGGUGCACCGGGCUGUUCUACAACACCACGUCAAAAGCACCCUCGGUCAUCUCAAGGACCAGGAGGCGAUCAAAACUGGAGCAGGGAUUCACGCACCAGCACUUCUUUGGCCGUGGUUUAUGGUGGCUGCUGAGGCAACCGGGGAAGAUCUGAGGGAAGAGGCCCGGCAAUGGUCCGGCGUCGCUAUGCGAUACGGUGGCCGUAAUAUCGAGGCCGCUGAGCAGGUGGUACGGGAAGUAUGGCGGCGCCAUGACCAGCGACUGUCCCGGGCGACAUGGGUCGAUGUGGUGCGUGAGUGGGCAGUAAGUCUCGUAUUGACUUGAGGACCGGGGGUAAUUGUACUAUAGAGCAAGCUGUUCUUGUGAUAUACCUGCAAAUGAGGGCCUUGCAGUAUCUCUGUGUUCAUCCCCGCAUGGGCCACGAAUGAGACACGGCAGUUGGAUCCAUCGUUUAUCGCAAGCCGAGGCGGGAUGGAGACUGGGGAAGGUCCAAGCUCGGCAUAACCUGCCUCUGUCUCCUGGCAAGAAUGAAGCCAAGUCAAAGCGUUGUGCGCAGGAUAGACAUCGACUACCCGUAUCUAGGUAUCUAAACCCCGUAGCCAUAGAAAGUAUUCACUCAGACCGGCUCGCGAUAGCCUUCCCCAGCUACAGUUUACCAACAACCGGACUAUCAGUGACUGAAUGGAAG